AUGAGAACGACGGCAGCUGAUUUCAUUGUAACCGGACCCAUGUUGGAAGGCAAAGCAAAAGAAAUUGCUGCUAGAUUGAAUAACACAAAAUUUCAAGCAAUUCUUUGUGGAGAGGCUGCAGGUAUUGACCUCGAAGAAGCAAGUGAUUGGAAAAAAAAAAUUCCUGGUUUGUUGAAAGAUUAUCAUCCAAAAGACAGUUUCAAUGUUGAUGAGACAGCAUUAAUCUAUUGGCAGUCUCUGCGGAAGUUUUACGUGAAGAAAAACGACUCGUGCAAAGGAAGCAAGUUAUCGAAAGAACGAUUGAGCGAUCUGUUUUGCUGCAGUUCGACAGGCGAGAAGCUAAAACCACUUGUGAUUGGAAAUUCUAAAAAAACCAAAGAUAUUUAA